AUGGCGCCAUUGCAGAGAUCGACGUCGGCAAUCGCACCUCAACCUCAACGUCAACCCGAUCAACUUCAGAUCCACCACUUUACCCAUCAACACCCUGUUCACAAACUAUUCAUGGCCUUCGAAUUCACCUGCGACGGCUGCAAGACGCGAGGAUACGGCGUAAGAUACCGAUGCUCCGCCUGCAAUUUUGACCUCCAUGAACAUUGCGCCACCGCGCCCUACCGUCUCCAAUCCCACGUCCACCCUCACCACCAGAUCGUCCUCGUAAACCGCCCAGGAACCUCACACUUCUGCGACGUCUGCAAAGGCUUCACCGACGGGCUUAGCUACACCUGUCAGACGUGUGAGUUUGACGUUCACACACUCUGUACCCAGAUCCCGGUGGCCACCGGAGUCCCGAAGUUGAAGGUGGAUCCGUGUCAGCAGCAGCAAGGAGGCGUGCAGUGGGCCCAACCUACGACGGCGUUUGGUGGUCAUCAUCAAAAUCAACCGGUGGUGAUAAUGAACCAGCAUCAGCAAGGAGUACCUGCUAUCACCACCACCAGCAGCUGCAGCAACAAGGUGCAUCUACGCCGGCGUUUUGGUGGAUAUCAAGGAGUGAAUAAUAAUAAUCAAGCUGUGAUGAUCAACCACCACCACCAGCAACAACUGCAACAGCAGCAACAACAGCAGGCGUUUGGUGGUUAUCAGAAUCAGCAGUUCGGUGGUUAUAAUAAUCAACCGGUGAUGAUCAAUCAGCAGCAGCAGCAACAGCAAGGGAAUAAGUCUAGUACUUUUGCGAAUGUGGGGAAAAUUGCUGCUAAUGUUCUUAUGACUUCUCUUAUUGGUGUUCCUAUAAAUUUUAACUCGAGAAAGUGA